ACCCUAGCCUCCAUAUCAUAGUAUACAUAAUACACAUAUUAGGGUUUCUCCCAUCUCGAACUUCUUCUUCCUCUCAUUUCAGUUCAUCCUCACUGCGGCUGCAACCUCAGAGACACCGAAAUGGCCUCGGAGAAGAAGUUAUCGAACCCCAUGAGGGAAAUCAAGGUCCAGAAGCUCGUCCUCAACAUUUCAGUUGGUGAGAGUGGAGAUCGUCUGACCAGAGCUGCCAAGGUGUUGGAACAACUCAGUGGCCAAUCACCGGUUUUCUCCAAGGCAAGGUACACCGUGAGAUCCUUUGGAAUCAGGCGUAAUGAAAAGAUUGCAUGCUAUGUUACCGUCAGAGGUGACAAAGCAAUGCAACUUUUGGAAAGUGGGUUGAAGGUUAAGGAGUAUGAGCUUCUUAGGAGGAACUUCAGUGAUACCGGAUGCUUUGGUUUCGGUAUCCAGGAGCACAUUGAUCUUGGAAUCAAGUAUGAUCCUUCUACUGGUAUUUACGGAAUGGACUUCUUCGUUGUCUUGGAGCGCCCUGGUUACCGUGUGGGUCGUCGUCGCCGAUGCAAGUCACGUGUUGGAAUCCAGCACCGUGUCACCAAGGAUGAUGCCAUGAAAUGGUUCCAGGUCAAGUAUGAGGGUGUGAUCCUUAACAAGUCACAGAAUAUCACCGGUUAAAUAGGCCUUCAGUAUUUGUGGAACUAGUUUUAUGGAUUUGAGAUAUUAGAUAACGUUUUGUUUACCAUUUUAUUGCAAUUUUGAGUUUUGGGAAAACUAGAAGUGAUGUUGAUGAUUUCAGGACGAAAUGGUAAUUUUUUUUUGUUGUUCUUGCAAUAUAAUUUACGCUUGACAAUCUUUAUGAAAUAGUUACCCUUUCUAAUUAAUUGCACUUGAAUUUUAUCCCGA